AGCAACUGCAUCAAGACCUCCAAGUACAACAUCGUCACCUUCCUGCCUGUCAACCUCUUCGAGCAGUUCCAGGAGGUGGCCAACACCUAUUUCCUCUUCCUCCUCAUCCUCCAGCUGAUCCCACAGAUCUCUUCACUCUCCUGGUUCACCACUAUCGUGCCUUUGGUUCUUGUCUUAACCAUCACAGCUGUCAAAGAUGCCACCGACGACUAUGUGAGUGGUCCCCUACGUACCCCUCUACCUGGGCUGGCUGCCCACUGCCAGCUGGGCAUGGGGACUCGGGGCUGGGCAGGGGGCUGUGACCCUGGCAUCAUCAAGGUGGAGAACAACCAGUUUGUGGCGGCUGACCUCCUCCUCCUCUCCAGCAGUGAACCCCAUGGGUUGUGCUACAUAGAGACCGCGGAGCUGGACGGAGAGACCAACAUGAAGGUGCGGCAGGCCAUCCCCGUCACCUCGGAGCUGGGUGACACCAGCAAGCUGGCUCGGUUUGAUGGUGAGGUGAUCUGUGAACCCCCCAACAACAAGCUGGACAAGUUCGGUGGGACGCUGUACUGGAAGGAGAACAAGUACCCGCUGAGCAACCAGAACAUGCUGCUGCGGGGCUGCGUCCUGCGCAACACCGAGUGGUGCUUUGGCCUCGUCAUCUUUGCAGGGCCCGACACGAAACUGAUGCAGAACAGCGGCCGGACCAAGUUCAAGCGGACGAGCAUCGAUCGGCUGAUGAACACGCUGGUGCUCUGGAUCUUCGGGUUCCUGGUGUGCAUGGGGGUGAUCCUGGCCAUCGGUAACGCCAUCUGGGAGCACGAGGUGGGCGUCUGCUUCCAAAUCUACCUGCCCUGGGACGAGGGGGUGCACAGUGCCUUCUUCUCCGGCUUUCUCUCCUUCUGGUCCUACAUCAUCAUCCUCAACACUGUGGUGCCCAUCUCUCUCUACGUGAGGUAG